AUGGAGAGCAAUAAGCACCAUUUUCGUCAUAUUUUACUUUUUUAUUAUAGAAAAGGUAAAAAUGCUGUUCAAGCCAGAAAGAAAUUAACCGAUGUGUAUGGAGAAGAUGUGUUAACAGUACUCCAGUGCCAAAACUGGUUUGCAAAAUUUCAAUUCGGCAAUUUUCAUGUCGAAGAUGCACCACGUUCUGGAAGGUCGGUUGAAGCUGAUAAAGACACGAUAAAGGUAUUAGUUGAUGCAAACCGGCGAAUAAUAACACGUGAGAUAGGUGAGAGGUUGAAUUUAUCAAAUUCAACUGUUUAUGACCACUUGAAAGGCCUGGGUUUAACCUCGAAGCUCGAUAUAUGGGUUCCCCAUGUUCUCAUGGAGAGAAAUUUGUGUCGUUGCGUUGACGUCUGUGAUUCGCUUCUCAAACGUUACGAAAAUGAUCCAUUUUUGAAGCGCAUCAUUACUGGGGACAAAAAAUGGGUUGUAUAUAACAAUGUCAAACGCAAGAGAUUAUGGAGCAAAAAAGAUGAACCGGCUCAAAGCAUUUCCAAAGCCAAUAUCCAUCAAAAAAAAGGUGAUGCUGUCUGUUUGCUGGACAAACUGAAUGAUGCACUUCAACAGAAAAGGCCAGAAUUAAUCAACAGAGAAGGUGUAGUGUUCCACCAAGAUAAUGCGAGACCUCAUACAAGUUUGGUCACUCGACAAAAGUUUUUACAGCUUGAAUGGGAUACAAUGCCACAUCCACCAUAUUCUCCAGAUCUAGCACUUUCGGAUUAUUAUUUGUUCCGGUCACUGCAAAAUUUUUCAAACGGUAAAACCUUCACUUCAAAUGAGGAGGUCAAAAACCACCUCGAUUAG